CUGCGUUGAAAUGCGCUGUGAGAGCGCAGUGUAAGUCUUUCGACACCUGUGUUUCGAUAUGGAGUCAGCAAUGGAUUUCGCCACGUCCGAGAGCGGUCAAUUCAAGCUCGGCGAAACGGAUCGCUGCGCCAUUCGAGUAGCCGUUGCGGUGUCUCCGCAACCUUGCGACGUCGGUCCGUACUGGCCAGACUAUAAUUCUUCUCCAAAACUCGAGUUGGCUUGAAGUUGAGAGCCAUUAGCCCUCGUAAGAAGCUGUGGGUUGAAUCAUGACUCAAUCUGCUGCACGCGUCGUUCCUGGCCGCACGACCACGGUCGCUCGACAAAUCGUGCACGAAAUCUGGACGCACCUGGGGCUUCCAUCUGAAAGUCUCACGUCGUUGGAACUGCCAGGCUCGGGCUUAGGGCUUCCAUCAUCAUUCCAGGUUGGCGCCUUUGCGCAAGCCACAAUUGCGCUAUCUGCGCUGGCCGCAGCAACUUGCCAUGCGCAGGCGCAAGGCAUUAGAGUGCCAAGAGUGUCGGUCCCCCUUCGACAUGCGUCAGCAGAGUUUAAAUCGGAGCGGUUGUACGUCCUUGAUGGCAAGACGAAUGAGGAUCCGUGGGGACCGAUAGGCGGCCUGCACCAAACAGCUGACGGCUAUGUUCGCAUUCACGAUGGAUUUCCUCAUCAUCGGGACAACGCUUUAAAGCUGCUUGGUCUUGAAACGACGGCGACUAGAGAAGAUGUAGCGCAAGCGGCAAAGGCCUGGAGAGCGCUUGAUCUGGAGGAAGCGGCUGCACAGAGCAAUGCUAUCGUGGCUGCUCUUCGAUCAUAUUCUGACUGGGACGUUCUCGAACAGGCACAGCAGUUGCCAGACCUGCCGAUCACAGUUCAAAAGGUUUCCUCCACCCCGUUUCCGCGGCCCGUACAAAGAAAAGCCAGCUCCCGUGGAUGUUUGGAGGGACUGAGGGUGCUAGACCUCAGUCGCGUCAUUGCCGCUCCUAUCGCUGGAAAAACACUCGCAGUCCAUGGCGCUGAUGUCUUGUGGGUUACAUCACCAAACUUACCAGCGCUGCCGGAUAUCGAUUGCGAUGUACAGCGUGGCAAAAGAACAAUACAGCUUGAUUUGAAGAAGGCGGAAGACAAAGCGAAGCUGAUGCUCCUUCUGAAGGAAGCCGAUGUUUUUCUUCAAGGAUACAGACCUGGAAGUUUAGCCAAUCUAGGUCUAUCAGCUACGGUGCUACAUGAGAUAAAUCCACACCUUAUAGUGGCCAAUCUGUCCGCUUUUGGAACACGUGGGCCGUGGUCUCAUCGACGUGGUUUCGAUUCAAUAGUUCAAACUUGCAGCGGUAUGAACGUGUCUGAGGCCGAGCAUUUUGGCGAGGGAUCGCCAGCACGACCGAUGCCUUGUCAAGCACUUGACCAUGGAACAGGUUAUCUGCUUGCCACAGGCAUCAUGGCUGCGCUCUAUAGACGUGCAAAAGAAGGCGGCGCCUACGUUGUUGACGCUAGCUUAGCCGGUACAAUGAAGUAUCUGCGCGAUCUAGGCCAAUAUGAAGGCAAUUCCGGCUUCGAUUGUGAGGAUAUAAAGACCAAUCGAGAUGUUACUGAAUUUUUAGAGACAAGAGACACAGAGCUCGGAAAGCUUGUUGCUGUAAAACAUUCCGCAAGUAUUGAAGGACUUGAUGUCGGCUGGCGCAUUAUGCCCAAGCCCUUAGGCAGCGAUGAUCCAAAGUGGCUGCAAGCAGAAGAAAGUUAUUGAACAAAACUCUCAUGGUCAUAUUUGAUUACUACUAUGCCUCGUAACUGCUCAACACUGUGUAC